GUGGUCUUGAACAUCCCUGGAAGCUCCACAAUGCAUCCCAAGAGGAGAUGCAUUUACGUCUGGCAAUGUUGCGCAUGUGGUUGCAAGAAAGUUAAUAUCGAGGCUAUGGCUUGCCUUGAGUGUGGUGAGCUACGAUGCGUACUUUGUCACGUAACGAGAGUCCGAUUGCGUGGAACUCCGCCACAGAAUUCAUCGCCUACGGGAGAAGUGCCAGCUCGAUACACUUCGACAGCUAGAAUAACUUCACCCGUUGUAUCAUACCCCAGGGCCAAAACAAGACUUCUAACCAUCUUGAUCCAUGGAAUUUUGGUGGAAACUUGCCUUGCCGAUUCUGGCAGCGAUGUGAACUGCAUCAGAUACAAUUUUGCCCGGUCUAUCGGUGUCAUAGUCACUAAGGAGGUGACUUAUUUCAGCUUGCCAAUCAAAAAUUCCUACCUAAAGGCAACUGGAGUUGCCUUAAUCAUAUGCCAAUUCCCCUCCUCACCGACGAUGGCUCAGCCAGUGAAGUUUUUUGUUUUCGACAGACUGCAAUGCGAUGUCCUCCUUGGCCGACCUUUUCUGCGUGCCACUCAAACGCUAGAUCUCUAUCAGCACCGCCUGCGCCACAUAGAAGGUGCUUCCGAUGUACCUCUAGCUGUGCGAUCUAUUGGACAGGGGGAAGAGCGUGUACAGUGUUGGUUGGACGGGGAACCCGUCUGGACGCUUCCUGAUACUGGAGCUGACGUCAACUUGAUAUCUUCAACUUUUGCUCAGGCACUCGGAUAUGACGACGGGAAAGGAAAACCCAUAGACUGCGGGAAUAGAAUCGAUCUUGAGGUCGCAGAUGGCUCCACUGUCACGACAGAAGGCAUAAUUCAACUCUCAGUCCCCUUCUCACCCAAGGAAAGCAAUUCCACCAUCUACGAACUGGUCGAAUCUUCCAGCAAGGAAGCCACAGCCGUUGAAAAGACUGAUAUCCAACGGAACAGCCAAAUCCGGGAAACCUUCCAUGUGUUGGCAACGCUGAGAUACGAAGCCAUUCUGGGAGAAACUCUCCUCGCAACAGUUGAUGUUUACAAUCAACAUACCGCCAAAUUUAGUCUGGUAUUGGGACAAGAAUGCGCCGGCAUAGCGAUUUUCAGGAGAAAGAAGACUGGGGAAGGAAAGACAGGCUCAACACUUCCUCUCUCUCCCGAGCAGAAAUUCAUGGACGAGUUUUCGCUAGAAUACGAUCGCCACCUUAAAGAAAAGGGAGAUAUCGAAGAAAGGCAGCGACGAGGAUCUAUUUCGGAUGAGCAAGCUCAGGUCAGGAUACUUCAAGCCGACCAAGAACACCUUCAGUGGCUGAGAAAAUUUCGCGAACUUCUGGAGCGCUAUUAUCCAGGAUACUAUGAGAGGAAUGUCCCGCAGGAGAUUGCUUAA